AUGCCCCGUUGCGUCUGCUUCGUUAUCGCUACUCUAGCUGCCGCUGUAUCGGUUGAAAAAACUGCAGCCGCCGACGUCAUGAACGACAUCAACGCCGCUGCAAAUUCGGUUAACAAUUGGGUAGGUGAUGCUGCUCGCUCUGUGUCCAAUACAUCUUCGCUUGCCAUGAAUAAAACUGGAAGCUGGUUUGAUGACGCUUUCGGCAACGUCUCGAAUGCUACCAUGGUCGCUAAAAAUGCCACGGGCGCAUGGGCUAAUGGAACUGCCGCCAAUGUGUCGAAUGCAGCUGGAUUGACCCUUGAUUAUGCUGGUAGUUUACUAGGUAGUGCAGCCAGUAACAUUGGUUCUAUGGCGGACGAAUUGACGAGUAGAGCCGACGACGUUAGUGACUCAUCUGGUUCGUCGUCAGCAGCUUUGUUUACUACCUUUACCAUGACCGGUAUUAUUGCAAUUGUAGGAGUGAAUUUUAUGUAA